AUGAAGCUGCCGUUCACGUUCAAGGUCAAGAACCGGACUGUUAAUUUCAAUUAUAUUCCCGACUUAGAGCUUCGACGUCGGCGAGUAUUCAAUGAACUCGAUGCCACCCACUUUCAGACUCUCGUGGUAUUUGUUGCCGGCAUUGGCUUUUUCACAGGCGCCUAUGAUGUAAGAACGGUCCUGGAUGACGAAUUGAUAUUUGCGGUUGGCAUGAUUAUUCCUAUGCUCGCCCAUGUAUAUUGGCACGGUUCCAUGCCUACUUCGGUGGAAACCGGUAUGCGGGCUGCCACACUUGUUGGAACCAUACUCGGCCAGAUUAGCUGUGGAAUCCUGGCCGACCUUUACGGUCGUCGCAAGAUGUACGGCUUUGAGUUGUUGGUGGUCACUGUCGCCACCAUCGGAGUUGCAAUGGCUGCGGAUGGCGCGUCAGGCUCCAUGAGUUUAACGGCCUGGCUUAUCUCCUGGAGAUUUCUAAUGGGCAUUGGAAUUGGCGGAGAUUAUCCUUUGAGCGCCGUGAUUACAUCUGAAUUCGCCCCUACAAAGUCUCGUCCCCGAAUGCUUUCCACGGUCUUUUACAUGCAACCUGUUGGAUACCUUGUCGCGACAUUGGUUGCCAUUAUCGCUGUGGCUGGGCAUAGAGAAAGUAUUUCACAUAUUCCUACCACCGCAGAAGAAGUAAGAUCAUGCACACAGGACGAGGUGUGUCGACGUGCUGUUGAUAGUAUCUGGCGAUGGGUGAUUGGAAUAGGGGCGAUCCCAGCUGUGGCUGCUAUCUUCCUUCGAUUCAGUAUUCCAGAGUCCCCACGAUACACAAUGGAAGUCUUGAAUCGACCAGACGAGGCCCUGAGAGAUGUUAAUGAGAUGAAACGCGAACUCGGCGGGUCUUCUCCUGAUAUUGAAAGGCAAAAUUCCAUGGUGACAACUGUUGCAAGCAGUCAUCAGCCGGAUACAAGAGCCAAUAAUAAUCAACGGGAACGCUACAAUUCACAUGAAAAUAGGGUGGCUGACAUGCCGUCAGCACCAGCUGUGGCUCCUGAGAUCUUGUCAAGUCGUGCCUCGUACGCAUCUUCGCAUACAACAAUUGAACGGUCAUAUCACGAGUCAGACAACGACUCAAUACAAGAGAAGCCAAGCCAGUGGUCAACAUUUCGCGGUGGCUUUGUCGACCAUUUCUUCGUCCGUGGCCAUUGGCCUACAUUACUCGGCACGGCACUUUCCUGGGCAUGUUUUGACUUUGCAUUUUAUGCCCUUGGGCCUAACUCCUACAAGGUUAUAGCAAAGAUAUUCAACGAGAAGCCUCUUAGCUUCACCGGCUCGCCGUUGCCUGUACGGAGCAUCUAUACUGAUCUGCUGGAAAAUUCCUGGCAUUCUCUCAUCAUUGUUUCAAUUGGUUCGCUGGUUGGCGGUCUCGGCAUGAUAAAAUUGAUUAAGCGCAUUUCGCCGCGCACUAUUCAGUUUUAUGGCUUCAUUGUGCUCGCCAUCAUAUUUGUUGCUAUUGGAAUAUGCUUCCAGCUAGUAGACCGUGCAAAGUCCGUCCCCUUAAUUGCACUACUAUACGUACUGAGUCAGAUAUUCUUCGAAAUUGGCCCAAAUUUUACGACUUUUAUAAUCCCCGCCGAGUUAUUUCCCACACAGUUUCGAUGCACGGCGCAUGGAAUUUCUGCUGCGUCGGGGAAGAUUGCUUCCGUCCUCGUACAAGUUUUUGUUGCGUAUGCGCCUAUUGGACGGUAUCGCGCAUCGGAUCUUUCAUCUCAUUGGCUUGGAUUUGUGAUUAUAAUUUUUGCAGCAUUUAUGGCUCUUGGUGCAGUCGUAACCAGGUGGCUCAUUCCAGAAACAAGAGAAAAUGAUGGAAGUGCAAAAACAUUAGAAAAGUUGGAGAAUGUGGCAAGAGUGUUAAGGCCAAGAAAAGCACACAUUCCGGAGAUGAACACGACAGAGAUGAAUGGUAUUAAUACCUCAGCAGCCAGGAAUGGAACUGUUCUGUGA